UGAGGUCAGAGUAAGUGACCUUUCUUGGUUUUUGCUCUGAAGGUAAAAGAAAUCAUCGAAUCCCCCGCCUUCGGGAGAGGUGCCUUUUCGAAAGGAAACGAUGGCUUCAGACAGCAUUUUUGAGUCAUUUCCUUCAUAUCCACAGUGCUUCGUGAGAGAUGCCAGCACGAGCCGCCGCUUCACGCCGCCUUCCACCGCGCUGAGCCCCGGCAAGAUGAGCGAGGCGCUGCCGCUGGGCGCCCCGGACGGCGGCGCCGCCCUGGCCAGCAAGCUGAGGAGCGGCGACCGCAGCAUGGUGGAGGUACUAGCUGACCACCCCGGCGAGCUAGUCCGCACCGACAGCCCCAACUUCCUCUGCUCCGUGCUGCCCACUCACUGGCGCUGCAACAAGACCCUGCCCAUCGCUUUCAAGGUGGUAGCGCUGGGCGACGUUCCGGAUGGCACUCUGGUCACCGUCAUGGCGGGCAAUGACGAAAACUACUCGGCGGAGCUGAGAAAUGCCACCGCGGCCAUGAAGAACCAGGUGGCGAGAUUCAACGACCUCAGGUUUGUCGGUCGGAGCGGCAGAGGCAAGAGCUUCACUCUGACCAUCACCGUCUUUACAAACCCCCCACAAGUUGCCACCUACCAUAGAGCCAUCAAAAUCACAGUGGACGGCCCCCGAGAACCCCGAAGACAUCGGCAGAAACUAGAUGAUCAGACCAAGCCCGGGAGUUUGUCCUUUUCCGAGCGGCUCAGUGAACUGGAGCAGCUGCGGCGCACGGCCAUGAGGGUCAGCCCGCAUCACCCAGCCCCCACGCCCAACCCUCGGGCCUCCUUGAACCACUCCACUGCCUUUAACCCUCAGCCUCAAAGUCAGAUGCAGGAUGCCAGGCAGAUCCAGCCGUCCCCACCAUGGUCCUAUGACCAGUCUUACCAGUACCUGGGGUCCAUCACCUCUUCUGUGCACCCAGCGACGCCCAUUUCUCCCGGCCGAGCCAGCGGCAUGACCAGCCUCUCGGCGGAACUUUCCAGUCGACUCUCAACAGCCCCGGACCUGACAGCCUUCGGCGACCCGCGCCAGUUCCCCACGCUGCCGUCCAUCUCUGACCCGCGCAUGCACUACCCAGGCGCCUUCACCUACUCGCCGCCUGUCACAUCGGGCAUCGGCAUCGGCAUGUCAGCCAUGAGCUCGACCUCUCGCUACCACACCUACCUGCCGCCGCCCUACCCCGGCUCCUCGCAGGCGCAGGCCGGGCCCUUCCAGACCGGCUCGCCCUCCUACCACCUGUACUACGGCACCUCGGCAGGCUCCUACCAGUUCUCCAUGGUGGGCGGCGAGCGAUCGCCCCCGCGCAUCCUGCCGCCCUGCACCAACGCGUCCACCGGAGCCGCGCUGCUCAACCCCAGCCUCCCCAGCCAGAGCGACGUGGUGGAAACCGAGGGCAGCCAUAGCAACUCGCCCACCAACAUGCCACCCGCGCGCCUGGAGGAGGCCGUCUGGCGGCCCUACUGAGCGCCUUCGGGGGACUGAGCCCGCCGUCCAUGCACAGACCCCGCCAGGAGAGCCCUUGGAGGCCAACAGGAGGGAAACUGUGAAUGCUUCUGAUUUAGUAAUGCUGUGAAUAAAAGAAAGAUUUUAUACCCUUGACUUCACUUUUUAACCACGUUGUUUAUUCCAAAGAGUGUGGAAUGUUUUCGGUUCCGGGUGGGGAAGACACAGCCCAUCCUGUUUGGCAUCUAUUUCUUUUCCGCACCUUAUUGAUUGCAAAAAAACAAAAAAAACAACAACAAAAAAAAAGAAUGCCUGUUUGCAUCUGGGUGGUCGUUAUUUUUAAAUAUGUAUAGAUUUGAGCUUGCUUUUUUCCUUCCUUUGACCAACUCAAAGAAAUAAAAUUCCCUUCUCUGUAACGUUUAUUUAACUUUUAGACUUUCAUGUAGCUGGGGGAUUUAAUUUGUGUUUGGUUUUUGUUUUUGUGUUUUUUUUUUAAAGAGACAGCUACAGCUUUGGGUCAUUUUUUUUAACUACUGUAUUUCCACAAAGAAAUCCCUAGAUAUUUAUGUAUCUCGAUGUUUGAACAUUUACAUAUGUGUUGAUACUUUUUUAAUUAUUUAAAUGUACUUAUAUUAAGAAAAAUAUCAAGUACUACAUUUUUCUUUAUAAUAGCCAAAGUUAAAUAUUAUUGCGUUGAAGAUGGCUGGAAAAAAAAAGAGAUGGGUUAUGCGAUCGCUUGGUUAUCUAGAGAUAUUGUUUACAUUAAACUCCCUUUGUUAUUCAAACAA